AAACUGUGAUAGAUUAUUCUUUCCAGAACUCCGUAAAAUCCACUUCGACUACCUCCAUAAUGGCCUGCAGCAAGCGUUGCCCCUCUCCGACGAUUACUCCGACAACGACGAGCUCGUGAAAGCGAUGCUCUUUUCCGGAGGAGGCAACCUGUUGACCUACCGCACGUGGGACAUCGUCAAACGACGCCUCAAGAAAGACGCCACCGUCCUGCUGACGAGGAAUAACCACAAAGCGACCAUAACCCCGGAAAGCGUCAACUUCAAGAAGACCAAAUUUCCGACGAACCACUUGCUGUACAUCAACGAGACGAGAUCCGACGUUAGGAGGACUACGCUGGUCCGGGAAUGUAGUCUGUUGCCGGACGUUUCGGUGCUGUUGUUCUCCAACAGAGAAAUGAAGAUCAAAACGGUGGCCGACGACGAAAAUCAACUGGAGUUGGUUUUUGAAGGUACCAAUAUAAAAUUUUUAUGUGAUAAACG